UGUGCAAUAUGGACAGAAGUUACAGUGGAAGUUAGAGCGGCUUCACCAGCACACUAUUUGUUGAAAAUUGAGUCUUUCUCCCUACUUUCAAAGAGUGGCGUUGAAAAGUCUGAAUCAAAUGAAUUCGAGGCUGGUGGUUAUAAAUGGAAAAUGAUCAUUUAUCCUGAUGGAAAGGGAAGCGCUAAAGGAAGUGAACAUGUUUCAGUUUACUUGGCUUUUUCGGGGACAAGUUCCCUGCCUGCUGGUUGGGAGGUCAAUGCUAUAUAUACCUUUUUUCUGAUCAAUCAGCUCUGUGACAAUUAUCUUUCAGUGCGAGGAAAAAUGCGGCGCUUUCAACCUAUCAAGUCCUUGUGGGGACUUCCCAAAUUUGUGUCUCACAAAACAUUCAAAGAGGCCUCAAACGGAUACCUUGUUGACGACAAAUGUGUGUUUGGAGCAGAAUUAUUUGUCAUACAAAGGCAAGCAAUCAGUGAAUGUUUGUCCAUGGUAAAAUCUAAUGACUCAUUUAAGCGUGAAUGGAAGAUCUGUAAUUUCUCCAAUCUUGGCCAAGAUUGGUUUUCUGAAGAAUUUACUGUGGGAGAUUACAAAUGGAAGCUCCUUUUAUAUCCAAAAGGCGAUGCAAACAGUAAGGGAUGUGAUAUCUCAAUAUUCUUACAAUCUGUUGAUGCUAAGGACUUUGAUCACCGUCAAAAAGUGAAGGCAAAGUGCCUCAUUUGCCUCAAGGAUCAGAUAAAUGGUGAAUGCAAGAAGCUAUCUUAUUGUAUUUGGUUUUCAACUACCGUGUUGUCUUGGGGUUAUCCAUGAAGAAUUCAAUUUCCAGGACAUAUCAAGUUACAAGCAAAUUGAAGAAUUCAAUUCCUAACACUUUCUAUGAAGCUUCCUCCAAAUCUAUGAAUGACAAGGGA